AUGAGGAACGUGGUGAGUCUGAGUGGUGACACCGUGCAAGAAGGACAUCCAGUGGUUAGUUCCCAUUUCAAUGGUUUCAUGUCUCUCCAGGGUGGUGCUGAGUGGCUCCUUGUGGGACAGAAAGGCUUCUCUGCUGAGAUCGCCGCCCAGGCACCUCCGUCUCGCCUGCCUUCUCCAUUCCUCAUCUCUGCCUACAAGGUGAGCUUAAAGCCCCUUGUCUGCCUGUUCUCCGUCUCUACUUGGACCUUUUCUCGUGAAACCCCUCUACAAGUCUUCCAUCACUGUCCUCACGUCUCUGCUGAUCACCACCACAAAGCCUUAGUCUGCCCGUUCACCAUGCAUAAACCCUCUAUAGCUCAGCUGGUCUACAACGCAACAUUCCCACGCCCUAAAACGUCCGACCCGGCGUCCUUUUCGGCGCAUAUUACGCGGAAUCUUGUCCCUGAAGUCCGCAUCGAGACCUCGACCUUCUAUGGCUCCCUCGACUGCAUCGAAGCGCAAUAUCCCGGGUUGGACUACUCGUAUCCCCCGCAUCGGAUGAGGCUGAGUCGCUUUCCAUGGCACCGCAAACUGUUCAAGGUUUUCGAUGAGCUGGGUCUCACAGAAGCGGAGAUUUCUUCGCUAUGCCGAUGGGAGGGGACGAAAUCGGCCCGGGAGAGAUACGAAAAGGAAGAAGGGGUAAGAGUGCUGGAUACCACGGCCCAAAACGUCCGGCCCGCAACGCCGCCACCACCACCGUCGAUUGAAUUCCAUUCGGACAAUUCUGCGCAGUCGUACAGUGAGGAGGAAGCCGUCGUCGAAGGAGAUCCUUCGGGUGUGCCCAUCGUUCCGAGGGGGACUAGUCCGCAGUCUGACGAUGAGGACGAGGAAUCAAGCGAUGAAGAGAUGGAGAGCUAUGGCCUCGAACUCAACCAGCGCCUUCUCUACGCCACGGCGGCACGUGAACGAGGUGCUGAUAUACCGCUGGAUGAGGACUGGGAGCAGUGGCUCAAGGAGGCUGUUGAACGAGGCAACUACUCCGACAUGCUGCAGGCCAUCACGAGCGGCCAACCCCUGAAUCGUUUGUCUAGCAACCAAUCCUCUCCAUUGCCGACAUCUAGUAAUGCUGGCCAGGUGGGCCAACUUCGUCUGCCUACUCAGUCGACCAUGGGUCUUAGCUUCAACUCGUCACUGAGAAAUCCGUCCAACGCACCUGGCGCGGCCAGAUAA